AGAGUGGAGACGUCUCGGGGAUCUGCGGCGUCUCGGGGAUCCACUGAUGACGACGGAGAGACUGCCAGCCGAGACUCGUGCCUGGUUGGCGAGUACAGCAGUGAGCCUCUCAUUUUGGCUUGGAGGCGUGACACUGGUGGCCAUCAAAUGCUUAGCUUAUUUCAUCUCCGGCAGUGAGCUGAUCAAAGCCUCCAUCUUCGAGUCCUUGGGCGAUGUGAUGAGCUCCGCGAUUCUGGCGGUGACGCAGAUGAAGGUUCGUGACAAUCGAGACAUGCACCUCUACCCUCGCGGGAAAAAGCGUUUUACGCCCUUAGGCAUUUUGUUCUUCUCUGCCUUCGCAGUGUCCACAAUGAUCGGCCUUCUCAUCGAGAAUUUGGAGAAGCUCUUCGGGUCCUCCGACGAGGAGGAGCGGCGGGAUCUGCUUAGAAGAGUCUUCGAGGAGCAGCCAAGGUUGCGGGGCGGCCUGGCGGAUGACCAGCUGGAGAAGCUCAUCUCCAGCUAUGGCGAAGAGGAGUCUGGAGGCAUGGAGGGGCCAUUGGUAUGCCUCCUUCUCGCCUGCAUCAUCAUCAAGAGUGGCCUUUUGGCCUUCUGCCUCUAUGCAGCCAGGCGGGGCGAGUCGGAGAUCGCGCGGACCGUGGCCAUGGAUCACCGGAACGACAUCUUGGGGAACUCCUUGGUGCUGCUCGUUGUGGGUGGAAGCGUUUGGUGCCAAAACAGAAACAAAGGCGGCGAAUGGCUGGAAAAGGUAGAUCCCGCGUCGUCCUUGCUCUUGGCCCUCUACGUCCUCACCUGUUGGCUCCAAACCGCCGCCGAGCAGCUUCGAGUCCUCAGUGACCGUCGUGCGGAGGAGGAGCACGCGGAGGCCGUGGUGAACUUUGCCAGUGGUCGCCUGACGAACAGCGGGCUUCACUUGGUGGAGGCCUCCACCUAUCACAUUGGUGAGGGCUAUGCGGCGAAAUUGGAGUUGGAGCCGGACGUGUCUUGCCACAAGACGCAUAGCCAGGUGGCCGAGAUCUUGGACAAUCUGGAGAAGAACAUGCUCAGUUCGAACCUGGAGGACCGAGAAGACGUGCUCCACCUCGCACCCCGUGCGAGACCGUGCAGGUCAUGGAGGUGCACGCGCGCUUGCGGCCAUCUCAGAAGGGUGCUGAUGACAUGUCUUGGUCAGCUGAGUACAAGCGCUAGCAAAGCAGAACUGGCGCGGUGUUGACUUUUUUUCGCAACGUUCGGCCGAA